GGGAGCUCUGGGCUGGGAUUAAACCGAGUCGGAUCAUUUUGCUGUUUACAUAAACGUGAGCGAACCCGUUGGUUUGAUGUCCCGCCUCUUCAGGUGAUAAUGGACAUUGUCAGAGGCCAGCUUGAUGAGAUUUCACGCCCAGCAUCUGAUUCUCGAACUCGUCCUGGGAGCCGGGUGGCGAGCGCUGCAUCACCAGACAGGCGCCGUUUGAGUGUGCGUUCCUCAGGAGCUAUGGUGGUUUUAACUCCUGAACCAAUUUUACCUCAGGAAAGGUCUGACCCUUUGGAUAAUCAUAUUAACUCCACGGAUUCCACAGCAAAUUCUUCCUUUGAGAAUUUGGACAGUCAGCAUGAAACCUUUAAUGAGCAAGAUGGAGUGAACAGUUUGGAUACUGACCGUGCAGAUGCCAGAACACCCUGUGAAUCUAAGUUAUCACCAGAGGAACAUUUGGACUCCAUUGUACAAGAAAUGCAUGUGUUGGACAAAUCAGCUGACUGUGAAGUGGACCCAGAGAAUCAUUUCUCUACUGCAGAUCAAACCAAACCAUCAAAGGAGUCUGACCACAAUAAGCAAGAAGAUUUGGAUUAUAAAGCUGAAGAUGCCCAACUUGAAGAGGCAAUAAUGAAAAUGGAAAAGCUGGAUAAAAUUUUGGUUAUGAAGCAGGAGAAAGAAAGGCAAGUGAAGAAACAAGGAGAAGAGCUAAGGAAAAAGCUUUGGGAGGAGCUUCAGGAAAAAAGUGAGAAAGAGGCUCAGAAGAAAGCAAGCAGCAGGAAUAUGAACAUUGGAAUCUCUGUUGCAGAAAAUAGGGAGGAAUUGGUGGAGUGCCCUGAGGUGGCAGAAAAUACAAAGAAGUUUCUAGCUUUGACACCAACUGGCAAUGGUGUAGACUUGGAGGUUACACCAAUAUUCCACACACAACUCCCCGUGGAGGAAUAUGAAAGAGCUAAUGAUGAAAGAGACCAAGAUUGCCAAGACAGUAGUGAAAGAGUUAAAUUAACUUCAGAAACGAAAUUACCUUCAGAUGCAAACUCUAAAAAUGCCCAUUACAAAGACCAAAGGAACCAAACAUUCUCCCAAAAUAGGAUCAAAGUUAAAGAUUUUGUUAAGAAGAACAUUGAGUUGGCAAAAGAAGCAAAGAAUCCAGUGCUACUGACUGAUGAUGAGAAAAAAAGAUUAGCAGAACUACUGAUGGAUGUUGAAGCUGAUUCAUCAAUUAGUGAAGACACUUCAGUUCCCUGGGCAUUAUCUGUGGUAGAAAGAGAAGGAUACACUCCAGAACCCAUGGAUCAACAACAGUUGGCUGACAUAAAUGCCAAACUGCAAGUUUUCAAUUUGGAUGAUGAUUUCCCAAUGAUUACCAGCUCAUUGUCCAGUAUACAAACCCAGAAUUAUCAGGGCACUGUGAGCAGUCAGGUAGAGAUUGGGCCAGGUGAAGAGGUCCUUAUCCAACUGCGAGAUGAACGAGAGCUUCACUUGAGGAUGGAAGUGAUAGAACAGCAGCUGAAAAAUCUAGAGACAGCCUUCAGUGAGCCUUCUAUUGAUGGUGUCCCAUACAUAUCAAAAGACCAAUUGACUUCCUUACUGGAUGAAUGCAUCCGAUGCCAAAGUUUAGGAAGAAUAUCUGGGAAUGAAGAUUUAGAUUCUGACUCUGUUGCUUCUAGCUCUUUCUGUUCUCCAAGGCCUCAGUCGCUGACUGUCUACAAUAGUCCACGGCUGUCCGAAACCAUUCUUUCCCAGCUUUUGGCAGAUGCAUACAACUCAGGUCUUUCCCCAGCUCCAAGUAGAGGUGAAGGAGAGAGCAAAAUAUCAACUACUGAUCUUGAAAGUGAAGACCCUGCAUACUAUCGCAACAAAGCCAUGGUAAACAUCAGCAGGUUAGCAGUAUCAAGACCAGAUGAUAAUAUAUCGGAGAGUGAAUUGGGAGAGUGGAUGGUGAGAAAUAAUGGAGAAUCCUACAUGACCAGGGCACUAGAGAUUAAACAAGCGAAGAAGCCUGUAUUCCUGGAUGAUCCAAGUUUUUAUGAAUUCACAGACCAGGAGCUUUCAACAAAUGACAGCAGUCCCACCAUUCCAAAGUUACCACACAUAGAUCUAAUUAGUUCUGAUAAACACAUGCCAAGAACAGCCUGGGAAGAACUGCUGAACCACCCAGUUUGGCUAGACAUCAAUAAUAUCAGUUUAACCAAUUGAACAGUUCAGUUUGCCAGGAGUCUUAACCAGAUGAUGAAACUGUUGCUGACACUGGCAUGGAACAAAAGUGACUACAGUUUAUGGGAACCACAGAGCUUAAUGUCAGAAAUUUAUGAAGUGGCCUUUAUUAAAGAAUGACAAGUCUACUCCUGAGAAAUCAUUGUUGCAGCCAAUCACUCUGGUAUUCUGAUUUUUAAUAUUUAAAUUGCCUGGUCUAUCAGCCAGAGCUGACUGACAUAUUGAAUGAGACAAGUCAUUUGAAAGCAAUUAUGUAAUCAAUUUGCUGUUUAUUGAAUUGAAACUUGCUUUUGUCAAGGACCGUGGUACUGUACCUUAGUUAAAUGGAAUACAAUUACCCAUAAAAAAACUAAUGUUCUUUCUACCAGUUCUGGAAAAUAAAUCAACCUUGAUACAGCCUUAUGAGAUCAGCCAAUUUUGGUAGACAGGCGAGAGAAUAUCCAUUCAGCUGAUGUGUCUGUAUUAGCACCAAAUGCUGCUAAAUGUAUGUACUGCGCUCGAGCAUUGGGAACGCUGCUAGACCUUCAGGAAGCACAGAAAGGAUGUCAGACCUUGGAGACUCUACAGUGGAGAUUUAUUGGAAAGGUACCAGGGAUAAGGAACUUCAGAUUUGAUAGGGAACCAGAGAAGUCAAAGUUGUUCUCUUACAGCAAGGAAAAUUACAGAGUGAUUUACUAAAGGUGUUGAAAAUGAUGCAGAAUUUUGGUAGAGUAAAUAAAUAAAAAUCAUUUUAAUUGAUAGCAUCAGUAAUUAGAGAAUCCAUAUAUCAGAUAAUUAGCUUGAGAACCAGACAGGAGAUGGCCAAAAUUAUUUUAUGCACUUAUGUCUGAAAAAAGUUAGAAUAGAAUCAAAUCAAAUCAAAGUAACUUUUGAAAGGGUAUCGGAUAUGUUCAUGAAAAGAAACAAUUUACUGAGAAGAGAAAAGAGAAUUGGAGUAGAACUGCAUAGCUAACUGUUUUAAAAUGCUGGCUCAGGCAUGAUUUGUUAAAAGGCCUCAUUUGUGCUGUGUUGUUCCAUUAAUUUCAAAACACUCCAUUAUAAAAUAAUGGGGAACAAAUAGAACAGCUUUUAUAAAAUACCCAAAACACAUUCCGGCACAGAUCCUGAAAAUACCACUUAUGUAAUAUUUACACCAGAACCCCUGUCUCUAUAACCUUGAUUGAAUUAAUUAACUUGUGACUCUAACUUACGGACUGGAACUGCAUAUACUUUCUGGAGCUAUCGUAUACUUUAGCCUAAACAUGUCCAACUUUAGGAAAUCUCAUCAAGGUUUUAUCCCAACAAUUCUGAUCCAGACUAUCACUAAUUCUUUACUCUAUGGUAAUCUAGUUCCACAAUAUUCAUUCAUUUCUCAGGAACCCUGGUCCAUAUAAGCAUCUUCAUUGAAGAAUUUCAUAGCAGCCCUCAAAUUCAAUGUAAAACUUUAAAAAAAAUCUCUCUCUCAGCUAUGGGCAUUUCUCUUAAGCUUAAAGCUUUUCUCUGAUUUUCUAAAUUGGAGUUUGUUUAUUUUGUUUUGUCAUAAAACCCUAUUAAAGCACACAAAAACUCAUUAAUCCUAAAGGCCUCAAAAACAGUUAAAAGAAAUCACCAUGACUCCAGAAAUUAACUUUAAACACACAGAAAACCACAUUACUAAUUCAAAAUGUUAAAUAUAUAGUUUAUACACACCUCACAGCCUACGUACAGGUAAGUAAUGGGAUAUAUGAAUUCACUGCCAGGAUGAUGCCAGGUAUGUAGACCAUACAUUCCAAUAAUUAGUGGAAUAUAUGAGACAGUACAUCCUAUUGACCAUUCGCAGUAAGAAACAUAUCAAUUCUUCUCAACCAACCCGUGCUUGCAAGCCUCAGAAAAAUAUAUCACCAUUACAUGUGCUUCUGCUAUUGAAAAUUAUGUAUUAAAUAAUUUGGACUCUGAUAAAAAAUUACACUAAAAAAUGAUUUCAGAUCAUCAGUCAGGCUCACAAUGUGAAGUAUUUGCAUGUGCUAGAAGCUACAUGUAUAAAUAUACAGGGCCCUGUUUUAUGUAGGCAAAAGAAAUUUAUACAUAGAUUGCAAUGUUUUCACAACAAAAAAGGGUUAUGAGACAGUCAAUCUCUGCAUCAUCCCCACAGCAACACAAUGAACAAUCAGGAGCUAUCUGCCUGGUCUGAGAAUUAACUUUGACAGUUAACUGCUCUUAUUAUAUCUCCAUGUUAAUGAUGGCCCAACCAAUCAACACCUACUUCUCAUUUCUUGGGUUCUAGUUCUGACGAGUAGAAGAUGGAAAAAUUCAAUUUCUUGAUUCCAUUUAGCAAUAUUUAAGUUCUGCAUUAACCAAAUAAUUAUUUAAAUAAUUUCCUUCUAGUUGUUUCCUUUCAAUUAUGAUUUUUCAUGGAGAUAAAAAUGGGAUCUUAAUAUUUACAAUGACUACAGACUAUUGUUAUAAUGAAUACAUAAGUAGUGUGCUAUAUAUUGCAAUCUAUAAAAUAAUGGCCACUAUUUGUGGCUACUGUUGUGUUAUGUUUAGACUUCUUUUGA